AGCAUGAGCCUCCUUUGAUUUGAAUUCGGAAGUUCACAACACCAACAACACUGGACAAGGAGCAGAGUUGACGAAGUGAAUAAUUGCAGGUUUCUUGCUUCCAGCUUACACGUUCGAGGGAUAGUUUGCGUCCCAAAGUCCCAGUCUUUGAUACCUGCCAUUGAGCAUGUAGAAUGCUUUCCCAACUAUUUUCUCGAGUAUUGAUACUCGGCUUGGGCACGCUUUAUCCAGCUUAUUCUUCAUACAAGGCUGUCAGAACAAAGAAUGUCAGGGAAUAUGUCAAAUGGAUGAUGUACUGGGUGGUGUUUGCCUUCUUCACUACCGCUGAGACGUUUGGAGAUAUCUUCUUAUCUUGGGUGCCUCUUUAUUAUGAGAUCAAGAUCCUGUUCUUGAUAUGGCUGCUAGCACCUGCUACGAAGGGAUCAAGUAUUUUGUACCGGAAAUUUGUCCACCCAUACCUGAUGAAAAACGAGAGGGAAAUUGAUAACUACAUUGAGCGUGCUAGCCAGAAUGGAGUCGGCUUGCUACGACGUGCCGGCCAGCGUGGCCUGCAGGCCGUCGCCACUGGCAUGGUUCAGUCCAACGUCGUCAGCAUGGGUCAAGUCUACUUUCAGCAGCAGCUUCAGCAAAUAAUCCCUGCCACUGAGGGACAGAAUCCAGCCUAUGAUGACGCUCAGCUGCAUACACCUGCACAGCAGAGUCAGCAGCAGCAGGAGCAGCAGUCCAGUACCGUAGCACCAGCUGCUCAUGCUGAGCCCAGCAUGCAUCAUACUGAUCCUGCUGCUGCUGCCGCCGCCGCUGCUGUGCCUGCUGGCACUCACGUGGAUGGUGGUGCAUCUGACCACCCUCCCCCGUAUGCUGCUACUGUUUCCAGCCGGCCGCCCAUCAAAACCGAGCCAGCCCUGGACGACAUGUCUGGUGGUUCUGGUCAGUUUGUCCCGCUUACUCCGCCUCUCAACCGCAGCCGUCCAACUUCUGGUGCUAAUGCAAAUGUAACAGGAGCUGCUGCUACUACUGCGGCUGGGAAUCGUCGUACCACCAAGACUGCUGGUGCAAGAGCUUCAUCCACUACUGCAAAAUCACGCACCCGGGCAACGACCAGCGGAGCCCAGACUAGGAAAGGCAAUCCGUGAGCAACGGCUAGGAAUCGUUCUGACCAGCUGCUGGGUGGCAACAAGCUCUGUCCAAACCUGCUUUCCCGAUUCCGCCAAACCACCCCUACAGACUGUUACACCUGGCUGUGCAUGUAUCAACUUUGUUUGAGUGUAAAUAAUGGAGGUCAUGUCAAGUAACUUUGCACUUGCUGGCUAAGCAGCUUACUAUCUUGGAUUCCUACUCCCUGCCUAUAUAAUGUCACUCACGCUCACGCUUUCCUACUUCUCUCUGUUUCCGUGCUCCUUGCAAAUGCAAGGCAGGAAACAACGGCAAUAUGAUUUAUAGGUAGCAAUGUGAUAUUGCACAUCGCUCUGCUCUGUACAUACAGUGCAUACCUAGGUGCCGAUAAUGCAUACCUAGGUACAGACAAUGCAUACCUAGGUACAUAGCCCUGUUUUCAUGCUAAUAGCCUUAUAUUAUGGUAAAUAUUCAGUAUGCAAGUUGAUUUUCGCUGAGCGAAGUCCCGUCUUUCCACCUUUUCUUUCUAAAUAAUUAUAUUUUAUUGUUGUGGAGCAACAACGUAACGGUCACGUA